UGGGGGGGAAAGGGGACACGACCCCCCUGUGGGUGUGGGGCAUUGUGGGGAGAGCAGCGGGAGGGGACACGGGGUUGUCCCCUGUCCACAGGAGCCGGUUGGGUGCUGGUGUGUGCCGGUGUGGGGCAGGGACAGGAGGGGACGUGUUGACUGUACACAGCCCGCACCCACACGACGCUGGGUGCAGCCGGUCCCCCCCAGCCCCCUGCGGUGACUGUCCCCAUAUAACGUGGGAGCCACCAGCUCUGCCAUCAGUACCUUCACCAUGGAGGGGGACGCUGAGAAGGAGAGCCAGCUGGGCACCGUGCACGGCGUGUCGGGGCCCGUGGUGCUGGCCUCGCGCAUGGCGGGGGCGGCCAUGUACGAACUGGUGCGUGUGGGACACGCGGAGCUGGUGGCGGAGAUCAUCCGGCUGGAGGGGGACAUGGCCACGCUGCAGGUGUACGAGGAGACCUCGGGGGUGCGUGUUGGGGACCCGGUGGUGCGUACGGGUCAGCCGCUCUCGGUGGAGCUCGGUCCCGGCAUCCUGGGCUCCAUCUUCGACGGCAUCCAGCGCCCUCUGCGGGACAUCGCGGAGCUGACGGGGAGCAUCUACAUCCCGCGGGGGGUCAACGUCCCCGCGCUGCCGCGACACAUCACCUGGGACUUUGUGCCCAGCAAGAGCAUCCAGGUUGGCAGCCACGUCACCGGUGGGGACAUCUAUGGGACAGUGACAGAGAACUCCCUCAUCCAGCACAAGAUCAUGGUGCCCCCCCGCUGCCGCGGCACCGUCACCCACAUCGCACCGCCGGGACACUACAGCGUCUCGGAUGUGGUGCUGGAGCUGGACUUCGAGGGUGCGACCGAGAAACUGACCAUGAUGCAGGUGUGGCCGGUGAGACAGACCCGGCCCGUGGUGGAGAAACUGGUGGCAAAUCACCCCCUGCUGACCGGACAGCGUGUGCUGGAUGCGCUCUUCCCGUGUGUGCAGGGUGGCACCACGGCCAUCCCCGGGGCUUUCGGCUGCGGCAAAACCGUCAUCUCCCAGUCCCUGUCCAAGUAUUCCAACAGCGACAUCAUCGUCUACGUGGGCUGCGGGGAGCGUGGCAACGAGAUGUCUGAGGUGCUGCGGGACUUCCCUGAGCUCACCAUGGAGGUGGAUGGGAGGACGGAGAGCAUCAUGAAGCGCACCACGCUGGUGGCCAACACCUCCAACAUGCCGGUGGCUGCCCGUGAGGCCUCCAUCUACACCGGCAUCACGCUGUCCGAGUACUUCCGCGACAUGGGUCUCAAUGUCAGCAUGAUGGCUGACUCCACCUCCCGCUGGGCCGAGGCGCUGCGAGAGAUUUCGGGGCGCUUGGCUGAGAUGCCGGCGGACAGCGGGUACCCCGCGUACCUGGGCGCUCGCCUGGCAUCCUUCUAUGAGCGUGCGGGGCGGGUGCGCUGCCUGGGGUCCCCACUCCGCGAGGGCAGUGUCAGCAUCGUUGGAGCGGUGUCACCGCCCGGAGGGGACUUCUCUGACCCUGUCACCUCAGCCACGCUGGGAAUCGUGCAGGUUUUCUGGGGCCUGGAUAAGAAGUUGGCACAACGCAAACACUUCCCCUCUGUCAACUGGCUGAUCAGUUACAGCAAAUAUUUGCGGGCACUGGAGCCCCACUAUGAGCAGCUGUACCCCGAGUUCCCCACGCUGCGCACCCGGGCCAAAGAGAUCCUGCAGGAAGAGGAGGACCUUGCGGAGAUUGUGCAGCUCGUAGGGAAGGCGUCCCUUGCUGAGGCUGACAAGGUGACACUGGAGGUGGCCAAACUCCUCAAGGAUGACUUCCUACAGCAGAACAGCUACUCUUCCUAUGACAGGUUCUGCCCCUUCUACAAGACAGUGAAGAUGCUGCACAACAUCAUCACUUUCUAUGAGCUCGCCCGACACGCCGUGGAGGCCACCGGGGGUGGUGAGCGCCGUGUCACCUGGGCUGCCAUCCGUGAGAACCUUGGGGACAUCCUGCACCGGCUGAGCACUAUGAAAUUCAUGGAUCCUGUGAAGGACGGUGAAGCCAACAUCACAGCUGCCUUCACACAGCUCAACGAGGACAUGCAGGCAGCCUUCCGCAACCUGGAAGACUGAGCAUUGGACCCUUUGCUCCAAUAACCCCCCUCACUCCAAUAAACCUCUGCCCCAAUAAACCACCCCUCACCUACACUGGGAUCUGCCCUUGGGGUCCAUGUGUCCUCAUGGAAUGGCCUGGUUUGCAAAGAACCACAAUGAUGAUCCAGUUCCAACCCCCAGCUGCCAGCAGGGUCAUGGACCGGCAGCCUGGAGCCGCAUCCAGCCAGUCCCCACUCAGUCUGCAAUCAAUCCUUUGUUUACCACCUCGGUGCCCUGCUCCUUAACUGAGUCAUUGAGACGGGUUUAAAGCAGCCGUGUGGGCUGUUACCUUCCUCUACCACGUUCCUUUCCCUUAAACACGAGUAUUUUGUACUGGUGUAUCUCAGAGGUUUGGUCAGGCUCUGUCUCAGAGCGGCAGCUGUUUUGUUCAGUGCUGUCAUGGUAUUAAUGGUAUUUGGUGUUGAUGA